AUGCUGUGCGCCGUUGGAUUUCACCUAUGCAGAACCUGCGCGACUAAAAAGAAACCAUGGCUGCUCCGGCAUGGGGAUCAUCAGGUUGGUUUUCCUCCACACUGCGAGGGUUGUGCUGCUAGAGUGGUUGUGUCAUGUUGUGUCUUUAUGAACUUGAUCUAUGGCAGCUUUUGCUCAAGAUCUACCUUUCAUUGCAGGCCCUUUCUGGCAGCCAUGAGAAUAUGGCUGCUCUGUGUGUAUUUCACCAGCUUUGCUUGGGCUGCCAACCUGCAGAAGUGCAGUGGCACGGGCCCUCUUCGGAGCUCCGUGCCUGUGUGCUACUUUGGCGAGACGUCCGGGGAGGCGGUGCUGGUCAAAAUCCUCAGCUUCGACUCACUGGAGCACGCUGGGCAGAUGGAGCUUCGGGCCGCUGGGGCGUCGAAGGUGGCUUGUGAGAGCACCUUCACUCAGGAGGGCCAAGCCAUCCAGGUCCGCCAGCUGUGCCUACCCAGCUCCGUGAGCGCGGUCAAUGUGAGCUAUUGUUCCGACCAGGAUGCCCUGCGCUUGGAUGCCUCGGUGGAGGGGGACCUGGUGGAGAUGAGCCUUCGGCUUUUGCCCAACUGCCAGCUUCGGUGAUAGCUGACACCGAUGCCUUUCCGACCUUUGUGGCGCGUGAGGGCUGUGGCUCUAGCCUGACGCUGCGGCAGCUGCAAAGUGGGAUUUUCGGGAUGGCCUUCCUUCUACAGCGCUUCCGUGUGGCGCGGCUCCCGGAGCUCACGCAGCGGAUCCGCGAGGUCAUCCAACCUCCUGAGAAUUGCAGAUGGAUGGAC